AUGAUUUAGUCAUCUAUUGGUAUCCAAAUUAUGAUUAGGACUUGGUUCUUCAGAUUUCAAUUGAGUGUAAUGAAAUAUCAGUACCAUUUUAUACUAAGGAUCCACCAUAUUUUAUUCAGUCUUAAAAUAACAAUUAUAAGUUGCUUGUUGACAUCAACAUUCUAAUGUCAAUUAGGUGAGUUUCUAAAUUAGACAACUGGAGGGUGUAUGAUUAGUGAUAAAUUUCAAAAUUAAUAUUAAGUAACUAGAAAAGCCCUAAAUUGCAGUUACAAAGACGAUACGUAAAUUAGAUUGAUAGAAUCUUCAAUGAUUGAAUUAAGACUAUAUUAUUGGAGAACCUAUAACAAUAGUUAAAAUAUUGAGUAUUGCCAUCACUUCCCUAAAAAUUGUUAAUGUGGAUGGAAACCAGGAGAUAAAUCUUGUAUUGUAGGACAUAUUGGCGCGUUGUGUGAAUAGUGUGAUCUCUAUAAUACAAGAGGUUAAGGGUCAUUCUAUUUAUGUUCUGCUUAUUAAUGUUUAAAUUGCAACAUAACUAUUUAUAAUAUACUUUCGAUCACUUUUGUAAUCUUAUGGACAUUAUUGUCUACUUUAAAUUCUGCUAGCAGUACUUCAAGAAAUAGUUACAGAAUUUAUAGCUAGGCUAAGAUUAAGAUUAUUUGGGGUUAAAUUUCCAAUCAAAAAAAUAUCAACAGCUAUACUAAUAAAACUUUUGACCAACUACUUUUAAAUAAUUUCUACUCUCUUUACAUUUUUAUUAGUAUUUCCAACUGAUUUAUCAGCUAUUAUUAAUAGUUGAGCUAAUCCUAUUGAAUCUAUAGCUUUUUCUCUUGAUUGCUACUUAAUUUCAAUUACUGAUAUAUUAAUUAUAUAUUUCAGAGUUAUCUGGAGUUUAAUCAUGGCUUUAUCAUAUAUUCUAAUAUCUAUUGGAUUAUGUGCUUUAGCAAUUGCACUCAAAAUAAUUCACCAUGAUUUUUCAUUUAUUACUAUAUCACUAAUUUAUUUGUUUAUCUAUUUCUAACCAAAUUUAAUUGGACAAAUUAUUUCUUUGUUAUCCUAUAGAAUAAUUUCAAAUGAAUUUUAGAUUUCAAGCAAUGUGUCUAAAAAGGAUUAUUGAUUUUGAUAUUCCUUUGUUAAUCAUAGCAUUACAAUUCCAAGUAUCCUUUAGUAUGGAGUUUAUAAAAAUAGGCAAAAACUUGACAAAACAACCACUCGCAAGACUUGGGGAUAUCUAUAUCAUGAGAAUAUCAAAAAAGCUUAUUUUGGGAAACAAUUAAAAUAAUUUAAAAAAAGGAGCUAAUAAUAUUGGCUCAAAUUUAUUAUGA